AUGCGUUUUAUUCCAGUCCUUGCGACGACCUUCCUGGCCAUCUCCUCGGUCACAGGCGCGUCGCCAACCGCUGCAGCAUCCACUGCUGCAGCUUCUGCUGCUGACAGUCAGAACAGCGUGGCUGCUGCAGUCAACAAUGCGGCCGAUACCGUUGCAAAUGCGGCUACCACGGCCAAUGUCAAUGGCCCCGAGGCCGCCGCAACAACCGCAGCUGCUGCCAAUGGUGCCAAUUCGGAGGAGUCCACUGAGAACACAGCCACCAGUGCGGCUGCUGAUGCAAAUGCCAAUGCCAAUGCCAAUGCUGCCUCGGCGAAUGCUGCUACCGCCAAUGCUGCUACUGCCAAUGCCAACACCGCAAACUCGAACGCUGCCGCUGCGACAAACAGUGCUGCCGUUUCCACUGCUAGUGCUAGCGCGGCUGCCGGGUCUGCCAACACUGAUAGCACAACUACUAGCUCUAGCACCAAGUCAGAGUCUACCGACUCAUCAAGCAGCAGUGACAGCGGGCUUCUGAGCAGCAUUGAGGGCCUUCUGUCUGGUUCUGGUCUUAGCUCUAUUGGCAGUGAUCUGGGUGAUCUGGCUAAGGGCUUGGAGAAUCUAUUGAACCCCGAUUUCCUGAACGAGCUCACCUCGACUUUCAAGUACUUGUCCACUAGUCUGGCUCCCCCUGUUGACACCAACAUCCGGGUUCUACUUUCCAACGAUAACACCCAGGCUAUUGGUGACCUCAUUUCCAACGCCAACACCUUGCUGUCGGCUAAGAACACCAAGACCCUUAGUAACAUUCUCGACAAGGCUGAUACUCUGCUGUCUGACAAGAACCUGGCCGGCAUUGAGAAGUUGCUUAACAACAUCGACAAGGUCAAUGAUCUCAUUGAUAAUGCUGACGACUUGCUCACUACCAAGAACGUCAAGUCUAUUGAGAGCCUGGUCAACAACGCCAACGAUCUGCUGACUACCGAUGUGACCAACGCACUGAAGAAGAUCCUGAACGAUGUUGUGACCCUGCUGCCCAACUUGGAGAACUUCCUCACCAAGGAGACCUUCGACGAGCUCGGCAACCUGCUGAAGAACGGUAACUCUCUGCUGACCGAGUCCUUCGUCACUGAAACCCAGAACUUGAUCAAGAGCGCCACUGCUCUCCUGACCACAUCUGUGACCAACGCGCUCAAGGAGAUCCUCAACGCUGUUGUGCCUCUGCUGCCCCAGCUCAAGUCCUUCCUCACACCCUCCACCUUUACUGCGUUGGAGAACCUGCUUAAGAACGGCAACUCCUUGCUCUCUGAAAACUUCGUCACUGAGACCAAGAGCCUGGUUGCGUCAGCAUCUGAACUGCUUACUACCUCGGUCAGCAACUCUCUCAAGGAGAUUCUCAACGCUGUGGUGCCCCUGUUGCCGGAGAUCAAGAAUCUGCUCACAAACGACACUAUCUCGGAUAUUCAGACUUUGCUCACAAACGGCAACGACCUUCUGUCCGAUUCGUUCGUGUCGGAGACCAAGUCUCUUGUGGCCGGUGCUUCUGCUUUGCUUACUACUUCGGUCAGCAACUCCCUCAAGGAGAUUCUCAACGCUGUCGUGCCAUUGCUGCCAGAGAUCAAGAGCCUGCUCACCAAGGCCACCAUCACGGACAUCCAGACUCUGCUCACCAACGGCAACGAUCUUCUUUCCGACUCCUUCGUUUCGGAGACCAAGUCCCUUGUGGCCGGCGCUUCUGCCCUGCUCACAACUUCCGUGACCAACUCUCUCAAGGAGAUCCUCACAGCCGUUGUGCCGCUGUUGCCGGAGAUCAAGAACCUGCUCACCAACGACACCAUUUCGGAUAUUCAGACUCUGCUUACCAACGGCAACGAUCUUCUGUCCGAUUCGUUCGUGUCGGAGACCAAGUCUCUUGUGGCCGGUGCUUCUGCUUUGCUUACUACCUCGGUGUCGAACGCUCUCAAGGAGAUCCUCAGCGCGGUCGUUCCCCUGCUCCCGGAGAUCAAGACCUUCCUCACGAAGGAAACACUGGAGGAGCUCGAGGACCUGCUCAACAACGGCAAUGCCCUUCUCACCGGCAAAUUCGUCAACCAGACCCAGAGCCUGGUCAGCAACGCGGACGACCUCCUCACCCCGUCGCUGGUCUCUGGUCUCAAGAGCAUCCUCAGCGAGGUGACCCCACUCCUCCCCGAGGUCGAGAAGCUCCUCACCAAGGACACCAUCGAGAUGAUCUCCUCCCUGCUGACGAACGCCAACGACCUCCUCUCGCCAACCUUCGUCAACGAGACCGAGUCCCUGAUCUCCGGCGCGCACGACCUCCUUACACCAUACGUGGUCGGCGGUCUCAGCGAACUCCUCAACCACCUGGUGCCGGUCGUCCCCAACAUCACCGAGGACUUCCUGAACGCCACGACCCUGAAGAACCUGACCUACCUCCUGGGCAACGGAACCACUCUCCUCGACACCGCCUUCGUCACCGAUACCAAGAACCUCAUCGACGAGGCGGGCGAGCUUCUCACGCCCUCGACCGUCAAGUCCCUCAGCGGUCUGGUCACCAGUCUCGACAAGUCUAUGCCCGAGCUCGAAUCCCUCCUCCAGCCGGCUACUAUCAAGGAAUUGCACUCCCUUCUGACCAACGCUGGUGACCUGCUCACCACCAAGUUCGUUAACGAGACAGCCACUAUUAUUGAUGAUGUCUCGGGCUUGUUGCCGUUGGUUGAGGGAAUUUUGAAUUCUCUGUAA